AUGCCUAUGAAGCCAAUUCAGAGCCACUUUCGGGGCCUUAUAUCGAAAUCGAAUUGUCGAGCACCGUGGAGAGUCCUACAGGGGCUCUGGAAGUCCUUCCAGAAAUCGAGCGAACCUCCUACGCCUCAACCGGACAUCAAACAGGUCAACAAUCGUGUAUCGCCCGACUCGCAGGCCAUCAACUAUAACGGCAUCUCAGCCCUCGUCGAAGGCGGAUACAUGCACGUACCCCCACAAAGGCUCGUUGUUGUCAAUCCUGACCCGGAGUCCGAACCUGCGGACAGCAUCCGCUCGCUACGACCGUUCUUCUCAUCUACAAUGCGAUCGAGCUCUUAUACCCACUCUCUGUCCUCCACGCGAAGCACUCGUCCAGAGAGUCGCCUGUCGAGCGUCGAUACCAGAGCCACGAGUAUCUUGUCCGAGUCCCAAGAGAGCUCUUUGUCGUUCGACUUGGACCACGAGGAGGUCGAUUUAUUCUACCAUAUCAUUUUCAACGGACUGAGGGUCCAGAUCAGCCGCAACCGAGUGCCCCAGGCGCUAGGCUGUCUACCUGACAGGUCGGAUUAG